AUGUCGUCGAGUGUCCGGCCCGAGCUGGCGGUCCUGCUCGACUCGAUCCGGAGGAGGAACCUGUCGCGGAUCAGCUGGGAAUUUACGGCCUGGACCGACAUUCUCAGCGACGUCAACCUGCCAUAUCACGAGGAUGCGGUUCGUGAGGCCCGAGAGCUCCCCGCAGCCACCGUCUCCGAGAUCCUGCGCAGCAUCGACCCCCUGCUGGUCCCCGAGACUGACAUCGCACACGGCCUCAAUCUCACACAGGCCCAUGCGCAGUUCACCUAUCUCGGCAUGCUGGUGAACCAGUUUGGUGUGCGCAAAGUCCAUCACGGCACCCUCCAGGGCGUUCGAACCCUGCUGGAGAUACGCAGUCGAGCGCCGCCGUCCCAGGGCCCGACAGCCGCCGACUUUGAGGUGGCCAUGAGAUGCGCCGGAGCAGCGGUCGACUACCAGCAGGCCAAGGAGUUCUGGACGGCCAUGGCUGCUCACGGACUGCAAGAUUCGCGCACAUCCAAGUCCUGGUCUGACUUCAUCAAGGCUCGAUUCAUGGUAGAGCCGGCGUACUACCAGUUCGACCGCUCGCGGGUCGCCUUCCUCGCGCGCGACCUUUACAGCAACCACAACACGUUGCCCAUGUCGAGCCUGAAGCACCUGGACAAGAUCAGAUUCGGCAUCAACGCCCUGAAAAGAGAGCCGUGGAACCGCAGACCGGACCAGCUCGACGAGGACAUGCGGCGUCUUCUCCGCCCGCGCAGCGGCUACAGGAGCUUCAAAGGCCAUUGGGUACGCAACCUCUACUACGGCCACGAGAUGGAUGAAGAGCUGCUGUGCACUUCGAUGGUCGCCUUUGCCCGAUCCAGCUCCGUCAACGCCAUCAAGAAGAUGAUCCUCGAGAGCUACUACGGCAUCGUCAUCACCGGCACCCACCCGUCCAACUUCCAAGUCUCCGGAGGCCGCGAAUUCUCCCCAAACUCCCCCCUGAAACCGACCCCCCGCCUGCUACACGCCAUCGUCGAGGCAUUUGGCUCCAUGUCCCACAUCGUCCUCGGCACCAAGCUGCUCGACUUCGUCUCCCGCCGCUACGGCAUCCCCAUUCCGUACGAGACGUGGUCCAACCUCCUCAGCUGGACCUACGUCUCCGCCUCCAAGCCCUUCAAGCGCACCCGCAACAUCUACUCCGGAGGCACCAGCACCCUCUCCACCUCCGCCGCCGAUGUCCGCCACAUCUGGGACGUCAUGACCUCCGCCCCAUACAACUUCCAGCCGACCCUCGCCGACCUUGACAUCUACAUCAAGACGCUCCUCAACCAGCGCUCCUUCGGCCGCGCCAUCGCCGCCAUCCGCACCACUGCCAUCCCCCUCUACGCCUCCCUCCGGCAAUCCCACCACACCGCCCUCGCCGACGAAAUCCUCCAGCUCGACGCCCUCUCCUCCGUCAACAACUCCCACGCGGCCUCCCUCGCCGCCCGCGCCACCGCCCGCCGCCGCCGCGCCCAGCUCCUCCACGACCACGCCCACCACCUCAUCGCCGCCUGGCUCGCCCGCCUCCUCAAGUCCGCCUCGGCCGUCAGGUCCGCCCGCCAGGGCUCCUUCAUGCGCGUCCGCGUGCCGGACCUCCUGCGCGAGUUCCCAGACUUCUUCCACCCGCAGAUCCGCUACCGCACCGCCCAGGGCCACGUCGUGCUGCAGCGGCCCGACGAGGACGUUACGCACCGGUUCGACUGGGACGGCGGCGCAUGGCGCACGACGCUCCCGCAGAAGAAGGCCGGCAUUUACGCGCGCGAUUUUGAGGGCUCCGAUGAGCCCGACUUUCCCUGGCCGCAGGUCAAGAGCAUCAGGGUGCUGGAGUGGAAGAGGACGCCCAGGAAGAGAUCCGAGCUGUCGCGACGACCGCCUGGUGAGGCAGCGAGGGAGUCGAGGGCGGCGGCAUGGUGGGAUAGUAUGGAAGAGGAGUUGAUGCGAUAG